CUUCACUUUGACCCAUCCCAUACUUAUAGACAACCAAUCCCUCCAACUAUCAUUCACCAGCAUGCAGCUCGCAAAAAUGCUCCGGACUAGGGUUCUAAAUUUAUGAGCAAUGUCAUGGCAUAAAUCCUAGGAGAGGUUUACCCUGAUCGGGCGGGCCUGCCAGAAUCAUGGGUAUGAACCUGCCAGGCCAUCCACGAGCUCGAACCCACCAGACCUGCCAUUGUCAUGGAGCAUAGAUAAAAACUUCGAACAUUUGUGGCCGAUUCCACACUCACAAAGGAUAGCAAUAUUCUGUCACAUUCACACCACUUCUCUUACCAUUGGAAUCUCCAAAUGUAUAAAUCGAUGCACCAAAUACCGUCGUCUUCGCGGCUAGGGAAGAUGCCUGAUCGAGAUCCAAUGAGACUGGCCUUACAGUCAGGUCUUGAAUACCUUGACAGGUUAGACCGUCGUGUUCACAAGGAAAUUCAAGAGACCCGCAGCUGCUUUUUAAAGCUUCUUGAUAACUGCCAGUCAGAUGUCACGAUGGGGGAUUCGGGCGGACAUGAUAGUACCGUCGACCCCCAGGCAGCACUCGGUGAUUUCAAUGCUAUUCUUGAUAAUGUUAUUUCGGCGUCGUUUGCGGCUUUGCGAGACCGCUUCUGCGUGUUACAGCCAGCACGCUAUAGUACAUCUUUUGGGGUCGCGGGAUGGCUAUCAGAGGGUACAAGCACUCCCCUUGGUCAACCUCCUCAAGGCCUAUUGCCUGGCAGCACCUCCAGUUUCGCCAACUAUGGGCCCGUUGCUCAACCUUUCCUACCUCAGCCUCAGCACAGCACGUACCUUGAGGCCUUCUCAGUAAUCUACGACCCGCGUGAUACGCAAUUGCUGCCGGAGGGUACGUAUCCUGUCGAUCAGGAUGAAGUACAGGUCCUAGCAGAUCUAAUGGAGGUCAAUGUUGAGAAAGCUACCCUCGCAGACUUGCUGGAGAGCGAUAUUGACAUCGAUGGGAUUGACUUCGAUCUCGAAGGUCCGACAGAAUCCGUGUGUGAUGCUCGAGCCGUUAUGCAAGUUCCCAAGGACUUGUCAAUCGACAAUUUCUGCGUCCCAUCGAAAGAACGCCUUAUCAUCGCACCCGGAGUAGUCGCUACGAGGGUCCGCCCCCGAUGUGAUGGAUUUCCUCGUCAAGUAUUUAACCCAAAGGACAUUGAAUGUCUCAGUUCUCCUAUAGCACCUCUCAAUGACGUGUGUAUUAACGGUUGCGCUACGCUCCUCUAUUCCCAGCUAAAAAUCCCAACUGUGGACUGUGCUAUAUUAUCCACCUACGAUCUUCCGCGCAUCCGUUCCAAUGCACCUGACGAGGUCAUCUGGCGCAACACAUCCUGGACUCGCUAUUGGGAGAAAAAUAUGUGGGUCCUCCCAAUCCAUCGACCAUCCGACGUCGGCCAUUGGGUAAUCUGUAUAAUUUACUUCCGAACCAAAGAACUGCAUCUGUUUGACAGCCUUGCGGAUCAGAACCCUUGGGAAAGCGAUGGAAAGGAUAUCAUGAAGUUGGUUGGACGGUUCCUCACGGUAGCACGUCAACGGCACAGCGGCGUUCAAAUUGAUCUCGAGGGCUGGCAAACUCGGGCGUUAAACGUUAACCCAUGCCAGAGUAACACUUAUGAUUGCGGCCUGUGGGUAUUGGCAGCCAUGAUCGCUGUGUUGCGCGGGCGGCAUGUUACAGGCCUUCUUGAGGAACAAAUGAGUGACUUUCGGCAUUAUCUCUGUAGUUUAGUCCUUUCCCUACCCGCACGAACUUAAUGUGAUUGUAUUACUAUUCCAUUGAAUAUAUUGAUUCUGCUUGAGUCCUUGAC